UCCCCUUGCGCUGUUGAUACAAUUUUUUGCAUUGCACUCCGUGGCAACGGAAUUAUGUUGCUUCCUCCUUUUUGCUCGCAUGCAUCAAUUUGCAAGGAUGAUAUUUUAUGUGACUAUUGAACUUCUCAAGCGUAUCCCGCGUGCUGCCAUUACCCUUGUUCGACAUAAAUAUUUUGCUCUCGAGCAAUUUCAUUCCCGAUAUGCCUAUUUUAACCUUGCUUGCAUAAUCUAUCUCAUUCUUCACAGACAGUGGUUGGUUUUUAGGAGCAUUCUGCUCAGUGGUGAUGUUGAAAUGAAUCCUGGUCCAGAAACUUUUGAUUUUUGCUGUUGGAACCUGAACAGUAUUGCAGCGUAUGACUUUUUAAGAGCAUCACUCAUUGAAGCAUAUAACUCGGUUUUCAACUACGAUUUAAUUGCCAUUGUAGAAACUCAUCUUGAUAGUACCGUUAAUGAAGAUGGCCUCGCACUUGGUGGCUAUUCAUUCAUUAAAGCAAACCAUCCACAAAAUGUGAAAAGAGGUGGUGUUGGGCUUUACGUAAAAGAUUCUCUCCCCUCAAUAAAUCGUUCUGACUUAGUGACCCUAACCGAAUGCAUUGUUUAUGAGAUCCGUAUAAAUAGGAAAAAGUACUUUUUCGCCGUUGUUUAUAAAAGUCCAAGCCAGAAUCAGACUGAAUUUGAUAGCUUCAUGAUGAAUUUCGAGCUUAUGUUAUCCAAAAUGCAUGCUGAAAAUCCAUUUUGUGUCAUUAUUACGGGUGACUUUAACUGUCGAUCAACUCAAUGGUGGGAAAAUGAUAUAGAGAAUAAUGAGGGAAAGUUGUUCGAGCCACUAACAUCUGAUCUAGGCUUACAUCAAUUAAUUUCAGAACCAACACAUCUGAUGGGUGAUUCCAAAUCCUGUAUUGAUUUGAUUUUCACUGACCAGCCUAACCUCUUUAUUGAGUCUGGUGUCCAUCCUUCUUUGCAUGACCAUUGCCAUCACCAAAUAAUCUAUGGACAACUAUCUGUUUCAAAUGCAAAACUACCCCCCUACAAACGCAGGAUUUGGUACUAUGACAAAGCAAAUUUCACUGCCAUUAGGAGAAGCAUUGAAAUGUUUCACUGGCGAGAGCACCUUGGCAACUUGACAUGUCCUAAGAGGCAAGUGGAAUUACUUAAUGAAGUUCUGCUAAACAUUUACUCAAAUUAUAUACCCAACAAAGUUAAAACAAUUAGACCCCAUCAAGCACCUUGGAUAACAUUUAAGGUCAAAACCUUCCUAAGGAAAAAGAAUCGUGCCUAUAGAAAAUUCAUAAAGAACGGUCAAACAAUUGACAGGCCAGAAGGAAUGCAACAAAUGAUAUCCGAAGGUUCAAAGUUGAUUGAGGAUGCCAAACGCAAUUUCUUCCUUAGAGCAGGAAACACCUUAGCCAACCCUGGGACUUCUAGUAAAACAAAUUGGUCUUUAAUUAACACUGUCCUAAACAAAGCUAAGAUUCCAAUAAUACCACCUCUUUUAGAAAAUGGUUUUUUUAUAACGGAUUUCACUGAAAGGCACAGAUAUUCAAUGAUUAUUUCCUUCUCCAGUGUACGACGAUUGCUACAGAUAGCGUAA